GGGCCUUUUUGCUCUCGUCUUCCCAAACCUUGACCUUUUUCUCUGCUUCAAGGCACCUCUGAGUCUCUCACACUCCACUCGCAUUCCUCGCUUCUCCCCCUACCAUAACCCUCUCACUUUACCGCACUAUGAACUUCGGCAACUCCGAUAGACCCAAAGUUAUCUCGUUAUCAGAGCAACCCCAGCUCCACCUCCGCAAUCUUUUCGCCGACCUUCAAUGGCGUUGUUCUGCUCUUGCCCACAACCUCACCCAUCUCCCAUCCCUCGACCUCCGAAGCACCUUAUCCAAUCUUCAAUGUCAUGCAAAGCAUGCCUUAGAUGCCGGGAUGACCAACUUUUAUCUCACUUGUUCUCCCCGGAGAAGCCCACCUUGGGCGUCCCUUGCCCAUAGCACCACCGAGUUUCGCCGCCCUGUAGGGGCCUUGUCGACCGAAGCCAUCGAAGAACGUUUGGCGGGCGUGCCUGUCUAUGCACUCAGCAAUGCUGCCGAGGAAUUCGUGCUGGUUUCGGGCACUUCAACCGGCAAGAACCUCGGCUUGUUUUGCUUUAGGAAAGAAGAUGCGGAGGCUCUUCUUGAGCAGGUUAAAAGUAUUGACCCGGAAAUGAGAAGUGGCUCCAAAGUGGUGCCUGUUGCUUUGAAUAAGGUCUUUCAGCUCAAGGUGAAUGGAGUAGCCUUCAGAUUGAUUCCUGAGUCUUCUCAAGUGCAGAAUGCUCUGAGAGAGAGGGAGAAGUCUGGCUUUUUCUCCAACAACUUUUCUGGCGUUCCAGUUUUCCAGUCCAGAAGUUUGAUAUUAAAGAGUGAAAAGAAGAGAUAUCGUCCAUUUUUCUUUAGAAAGGAGGAUUUGGAAAAUUCGCUUCAAAGGGCUUCCAAUCAGCAGAAUCAACUAAAUCCUAUCUUCAGACCAGGAGAAAUCGAGGUUGCUGUUCUCGAGGAACUAAUCAAGGGAAUGAAGGAGAGUUCUACAUGGGAAGAUGUUGUUUUUAUACCUCCUGGAUUCGAUGUCUCAACUGAUUCCAACCAACAAUGAGGCAUGAUGUGGCAAUGAAAUUCAUUAUUCUUAUCUUUCCCAUUUUCAUACUUCUGGUGUGGCCUUAAGUAUGCCAAAGGACUGCUUAGAGUAGGAUUUGUCUAUAUAACUUGUUCUUACUUCGAUGCCCCAGCUAUUAAAUACCGCAAGUAAUGAGAUAUGUUACUGCAUUGUAUGAGAGAUAGAUUGGAUUUUUUAUUCUCAAUUGGAUCAGAACGGCUCCUUUUUUUUUCUUCUGAUUCAUGUGGAAACUCCCGCAUUGUUAUGCAAAUGUACACCCAUUGAAAGUUGAGGUGUUAUACUGAUUAAA